UUUACAUUUUUAGUCAUUUAGCAUACGCUCUAAGUGUUUCCUCCCUUGUUCCUCUGUUAACGUCUGAUGAAGACUGCACCCUGGUUGAUACGACUCGCACUUCUGAGUGUUUAAACUGAGUAAAUUCCCUUUGUGUUUUUCUAAUAUUCUUGUGCGCUAUUCCUACAUUGUUAACCCAUUUGGGACUGGUUGGUUUCUAUGCACAAUUAAAAUCCAUCACUCACUGAAAACCAACGAAAGUGUCUUGAAAGUGUAUCAUGGAUGCCAAUAGUGCUCAGCUAAAGACUAAGCUGAAAGAGCGACGCUCUACCAUCAAUGUGCUGGGAGCCAGUUUCUCACAGACCAUUGAGGAAGAAAAAGCCUUUUAUUUCUCCCAGGGCAGUUCUGUUAAGCCAUGGAACUCUAUGGAACACCUGGACAGCCCUGCUCCUGAGGGUCAGAUCCCAAGACACCAAAAAGAGACGUUGAGACCACAACAAAACAUGAACAUCAACGUAGGGGGAAAAGUCUUUCACAUUCCCAAGAAGAUGGCAGUCAGAUUCCCUCGCACACGGAUAGGCUCCUUGGCCCUGUGCACCGACCGCGUCAAACAGCUCACUCUGUGUGAUGACUACUCAGUGCUCACCAACGAGUUCUUCUUCGAUCGCGACCCAACUUUCUUUUACUACAUCUUUCACUUCUACAGCAGCGGUGUUCUGUGGGUGAUGCGGGAACUGUGCCCUAUCAACUUCGAGGAGGAGAUGCAGUACUGGGGCCUGAGCUGGAACGACACCCAGCGCUGUUGCCGUAUCCUGUUUGAGGAGAAGGUGGAUGAACUCAGGGACAAUCUGAAGGUGGAGAAGGAACUCUUAGCGGAGAUUGAGAUAAAGCAUGAUGAGGAAGGCUACAAGACCAUGUUCCUGGGUGGAGUUCGCAAAGACCUCUGGGACCUGAUGGAGAACCCUUACUCCUCGCUGUCGGCGAAAUCCUUUGCUGUUUUCUCUAGCCUCUUGGUGCUCAUCUCCAUCGUGGCUAUGACCCUUAACACUGUGAAGGAACUGAGGACCCACACCCUCUCUGGCAAGACCUACCUGGAAUGGGUAGAGAUUUUCUCCAUUCUCUUCUUCACAUUUGAGUACUUCAUGCGCAUUGUCACCACUUGUGACAUAAAGCACUUCGUCAAAAGCGCCCUGAACUUGGUGGACCUGGUGGCUGUCAUGCCCUACUUUAUCCAGCUGAUAUUUGAAGCGUUUGCCAACGUAGAGGACCUCAGUGCCCAGGAAGAUCUCAAAACCCUGGCUCGUGUCAGCAAGGUCAGCAAAGUGCUCAAAGUUGUCAAGCUGAUGCGCAUCUUUCGCAUCCUGAAGCUGGCCCGCCACUCCACCGGCAUGAGGGCGUUUGGGUUCACCCUGCGCCAGUGCUACCAGCAGGUGUGUUGCCUUUUCCUCUUCAUCGCCAUGGGCAUUUUCAUGUUCUCUGCCCUCCUGCAUUCGGUAGAACGGGAUGUUGAGGGCUCUCCAUUCAGGAGCAUUCCUGAUACCUGGUGGUGGGCUACGGUGAGUACCAAAACUUGAUCUCGACAUAGUUUUGUUUGUUCUUUAUUGUACACUUAAAUGUCUCCCUUUUGUAAAUUAACCAUGACAGUAUCAAACGACGACUUGAAUGUAAAUUAUACUAUGUACAGUGCCUUGCAAAAGUAUUCAUCCCCCUUGGCGUUUUUCCUAUUUUGUUGCAUUACAACCUGUAAUUUAAAUAUUUUUAUUUGGAUUUCAUGUAAUGGACAUACACAAAAUAGUCCAAAUUGGUGAAGUGAAAUGAAAAACAUAAGUUGUUUCAAAAUAUUCUAAAAAAUAAAUAAUGGAAAAGUGGUGCGUGCAUAUGUAUUCACCCCCUUUGCUAUGAAGCCCCUAAAUAAGUUCUGGUGCAACCAAUUACCUUCAGAAGUCACAUAAUUAGUUAGAUUGCACACAGGUGGACUUUAUUUAAGUGUCACGUGAUCUCAGUAUAUAUACACCUGUUCUGAAAGGCCCCAGAGUCUGCAACACCACUAAGCAAGGGGUACCACCAAGCAAGCGACACCAUGAAGACCAAGGAUCUCUCCAAACAGGUCAGGGACAAAGUUGUGGAGAAGUACAGAUCAGGGUUGGGUUAUAAAAAAUAUCCGAAACUUUGAACAUCCCACGGAGCACCAUUAAAUCCAUUAGUAAAAAAUUGAAAGAAUAUGGCACCACAACAAGCCUGCCAAGAGAGGGCCGCCCACCAAAACUCACGGUCCAGGCAAGGAGGGCAUUAAUCAGAGAGGCAACAAAGAGACCAAAGAUAACCCUGAAGGAGCUGCAAAGCUCCACAGCGGAGAUUGGAGUAUCUGUCCAUAGGACCACUUUAAGCCGUACACUCCACAGAGCUGGGAUUAACGGAAGAGUGGCCAGAAAAAAGCCAUUGCUUAAAGAAAAAAAUAAGCAAACACGUUUGGUGUUCGCCAAAAGGCAUGUGGAAGACUCCCCAAACAUAUGGAAGAAGGUACUCUGGUCAGAUGAGACUAAAAUUGAGCUUUUUGGCCAUCAAGGAAAACGCUAUGUCUGGCGCAAACCCAACACCUCUCAUCACCCUGAGAACACCAUCCCCACAAUGAAGCACGGUGGUGGCAGCAUCAUGCUGUGGGGAUGUUUUUCAUCGGCAGGGACUGAGAAACUAGUCAGAAUUGAAGGAAUGAUGGAUGGCGCUAAAUACAGGGAAAUUCUUGAGGGAAACCUGUUUCAGUCUUCCAGCAAUUUGAGACUGGGACGGAGGUUAACCUUCCAGCAGGACAAUGACCCUAAGCAUACUGCUAAAGCAACACUCGAGUGGUUUAAGUUGACACAUUUAAAUAUCUUGGAAUGGCCUUGUCAAAGCCCAGACCUCAAUCCAAUUGAGAAUCUGUGGUAUGACUUAAAGAUUGCUGUACACCAGAGGAACCCAUCCAACUUGAAGGAGCUGGAGCAGUUUUGCCUUGAAGAAUAGGCAAAAAAUCCCAGUGGCUUGAUGUGCCAAGCUUAUAGAGACAUACUCCAAGAGACUUGCAGCUGUAAUUGCUGCAAAAGGUGGCUCUACAAAGUAUUGACUUUGGGGGGGGGGGGGAAUAGUUAUGCAUGCCCAGGUUUUCUGUUUUUUUGUCUUAUUUGUUGUUUGUUUCACAAUAAAAAUUAUUUUGCAUCUUCAAAGUGGUAGGCAUGUUGUGUAAAUCAAAUGAUACAAACCCCCCAAAAAUAUAUUUUAAUUCCAGGUUGUAAGGCAACAAAAUAGGAAAAAUACAAAGGGGGAUGAAUACUUUCGCAAGCCACUGUAUGUAGCUUUUGGUUGACUUGACUUUGUCCUUGAUGCUAGAGAUAGCCUUAAAAUAUGUAGUUUGAACAAUACAACAUAAAUAUGGACCUUGUGAAUACAAUGUUUUUUUCAUAUUGUUGAGAAAUAACCAACACUCCCUCUGUAGUUACAUACUCAGCAUAGUGUUGUUAUUUCCUCCCCCAAUUGUCUCUUGACAUAUAAAAUGCCUGAGAAUUCAUGUCAGAUACAAGCAUUUCUCUUGUGUGACAACAGAGGAGCAUAUCAUGUUUGUGUGCGGCACAACGUACUGUAUAUCAAGUUUAGAUUCAGAUUAAAUACUUAAAGGAUUAGUUCUGUCUGAUGUAAUCCUAGUACAUGUGAAAUACAAUCUGAAUUGCAAUUAUACUGUUCUUGUCACAGCAUUUUGGACUUGUGGGGAAAGUUGGAGUACAGUAUUUUGUUGCAGGUCCUCAUGGGUCAUUUGAUAUGUAUUACACAAUUGUGUAACUUCCUCAUUUGUACAUUCACUUUCGUUCUUAGUCUACUGUAUUGCAGCUGAUAUUUCAUACCAUUUCUACUCCUAUAUGCUAACAGAGUAAUUUUUUCAGGGACAAGUAUAAUUUUACCAUUACCUCUAAGGGACAAAACAAGAUAUCACAAAUAACACAACCAAGUAAUGUUAAUGUUAAUACUUCAAUCUUGAGACUUCAAUCCAUGCUAUCUUCACUACAUACUACUGUUAUAACCUUAGUGUCAUUAUUAACAGAAAACAUGUUGAUAACGACAGAGGAAGGCAAUCUCUGAGAGUGUGUCCCUCUAACCCUGCACUACAGGUGAGCAUCUCCCAAGUGGGUUAUGGGGACGUGGUGCCCGUAUCCCUCCCGGGCCGCGUGGUGGCAUUCUCCUGCAUCUUCUUCGGCAUAAUACUCAAUGGCAUGCCCAUCUCCCUCCUCUUCAACAAGUUCUCGGACUACUACGCCAAGCUCAAGUACCAGGAGUCCACCUCAAUCAGUGUGAAACGCCGCUUGAUGCUCAAGGCCCGUCUCCGUCGCAAACUGGAUGUGUGCUUCAAUCCCUCUGUGGGUGACCUGGAGGAAGACAGAAGCCACUGAGCUCUAGACAGGAUGUACGUUUUUUACAUUGCAGGGUUUUUUUUCAAGAAUUCUCUACCAAAUCACCAGUGGGGAGGUGGGGUAUGGUCUGGAAUAAUAGGAUUGAAAUAGAGCUAAUGAUAAGGACGGGGGACACACGAAGCAGACUCAUAGAGAGGAUGUACAAGGGAGGAUGUGGGUGUCACCUUAGGUCAGGGCCAUAUACUGCCAUCUUGAGCAAUUUCCUGUUACUGUAGAGCAGUUCCUAUAAAAGUCAAUGGUAUGUGGUUUUAUGUGCAUAGUGUGUUUGUUUAAGCUCGCAGACCAGAUGGUUGUAAGUUACAGUAAAUGCAGUAUACCAUGUUACAAUCUUUGCACUAUUCACUUGCACAAAUUAAAGCU